UAACAGGAAUACAACUUGGAAGGUCAGUUUGUGUGUUUUGAAAAUCAACUGUACGCGCACAUGUAUGUGCCAGAUGGCAAUGGCUCCUUCCCUCGAGGAACAUGGUUUUAUAUGGUUUUCUGUGUGUACUGGGAGCACAUGUUCCGACCUAUUCAAGCAGCACACCGCGCAGCAUUAACCUUGUUCUGUUGGGAAACCCUUGGUUCAGAAAAGAGACUUUUCGCUUUUGGCUGGCAUCCUCGAAAUGACCUCGUUCGAUUCGAUCCAUCAUAUCGAAAGUCACCGGCCUCACCGACAUUUCUUUUCUUCUUUCAGAUUCGGUACCAGUGAUUCGCACUCGAUAGUGCGGAAUCUUACGUUCCGGUUCGUCAAAGGAACAGGGGGUCUUUUUUUCAGGCAUCAGCGACAAAGGCGAGACAAGACAGUACAAACGAAAAACCACCGCAAGUCCAACACCGAUACCGCGUACUGAAGGCAGCCGGGCGCUUUUAGAGUUGGCAAAAUGUAUGGAACUGGAUGGAUGUUUUGACGAAGAGCGACCGAAAAGGGGACGAGAACAAGCAGUAUUUUGCGAGAAUGGAGGUGGGUAUCCAGGUUCUGCUGCCUUUCUCUUUUGAAAUAUGCAUGACAGUGUCGACCUUUUGGUGUGGAUGGAGGAGCUGCUCCCCCCCCUCCCCCACAACGCAACUUACGAUGUGUAUCGGAGAAGAGUCAGUCAUGGGACUCGUCACUCUGAGUCGGAACCUCUAUAGAAAUCGAGAAGGGCAGGCAGGGCGUUGUCCGAUUCAACAUCCAGGAAGCAAUGUCACGAUAUCCUUUUUUGGUUUUGUUUGAUGAUUCGCUUUCGGGGUAAAGUUAAGACCCGGUUCCGAUGCGAGCGACAUUACAGUUCUGCAUGUGGUGUACCCCCCUG